AUUGGAGUCUGACUCGUAUUCAAAAGCAGGCUGGAGUGUGAGCAGUGUGGACAAAGAUUUUAAAUAAUUCUACUCAGGAAUUCUGAAGCUGGGGUGGAAAAAGGAUGGCCAAGGUUUUGGAUGAAGGACUAGAUGGAGGACGCAAUGAGUUUAGCAACAUCAUUAAAUCCCGAUCUGAUGAGCACAAUGACGUACAAAAGAAAACCUUCACAAAAUGGAUAAAUGCUCGCUUUUCUAAGUGUGGAAAACCGCCAAUAAAGGAUAUGUUCACAGAUCUCCGAGAUGGGAGGAGGCUUUUGGACCUUUUAGAAGGACUGACAGGAAAUCCAUUGCUGAAAGAACGUGGAUCCACAAGAGUCCAUGCCUUGAAUAAUGUCAACAAAGUACUUCAAGUUUUACAUCAGAACAAUGUGGAGCUGGUGAACAUAGGAGGGACGGACAUUGUUGAUGGAAAUCACAAACUGACCCUUGGCUUGUUAUGGAGUAUAAUUUUGCACUGGCAGGUUAAAGAUGUCAUGAAAGAUAUAAUGUCAGACUUGCAGCAAACAAAUAGUGAAAAGAUCCUCCUGAGCUGGGUGCGACAGUCUACCAGGCCUUACAGUGAGGUCAACGUUUUGAACUUCACCACAAGCUGGGCAGAUGGGCUUGCUUUCAACGCUGUGAUCCACAGGCACAAGCCCGAGCUCUUUAGUUGGGAUAAAGUAACUAAAAUGGCUCCAGUUGACAGACUAGAACAUGCCUUCAACAUAGCCAAAAAUCGCCUGGGGAUAGAAAAAUUGUUAGAUCCUGAAGAUGUUGCUGUACAGCUUCCUGAUAAGAAGUCCAUUAUCAUGUACUUGACAUCCUUGUUUGAGGUCCUCCCUCAGCAAGUUACCAUGGAAGAUAUUCGAGAAGUGGAGACUCUUCCAAGGAAAUACAAAAAGGAAUGUGAAGAAGGGGACAUACAGAUGAGUGAAACAGCAGAAGAUGACUAUGGAGGUUCAAGAGCAGAAACUCCCAGCACUGUGACUGAAGUUGAUAUGGACUUGGACAGCUACCAAGUAGCUCUGGAAGAAGUUCUCACAUGGCUGCUCUCUGCCGAGGAUACAUUCCAAGAACAGGAAGUCGUAUCUGAUGAUGUUGAGGAAGUCAAGCAACAAUUUGCUACACACGAAGCUUUUAUGAUGGAGUUGACAGCACACCAGAGCAGUGUGGGUAGUGUGCUGCAGGCUGGCAAUCAAUUGUUAGCCCAGGGCAAUCUUUCAGAGGAGGAGGAAAGUGAAAUCCAGGAACAAAUGUCAUUGCUGAAUUCCAGAUGGGAGGCUCUCAGAGUGGACAGUAUGGAUCGGCAGUCCCACCUCCAUGAUGUAUUGAUGGAGCUACAGAAGAAACAACUGCAACAGCUGUCCGACUGGCUGACUGUUACAGAAGGACGCAUUCAAAAGAUGGAAUCUCAGUGCUUCGCUGAAGACUUGGAGUCCUUUCAACAGCAGAUGGAUGAACAUAAAGGGCUACAAAAUGAUCUUGAAGCAGAGCAGGUUAAAGUAAACUCAUUGACUCACAUGGUGGUCAUCGUUGAUGAAAACAGUGGUGAAAGUGCCACAGCUAUCCUAGAAGAUCAACUGCAGGUGCUUGGUGAACGAUGGACAGCAGUUUGUCGCUGGACUGAGGAACGGUGGCUCAAACUACAAGAGCUCAAUAUCUUAUGGCAGGAGCUAUUGGAAGAGCAGUGUUUGUUGAAAGCCUGGCUAAUUGAGAAAGAAGAGAAUUUAAACCAAGUGCAGACAAGCAACUUCAAAGAUCAAAAAGAGCUUGGUGUGAAUGUUCGAAGGCUGGCAAUUCUCAAAGAAGAUAUGGAAAUGAAGCGUCGAACAUUAGAACAGCUGAAUGAGAUAUCCCAAGAUGUGGCACAACUUCUCAACAACAAGAAGGCACUGAAGAGAAUUGACAGCGAUCUGGAAGAACUUACACAGAAGUGGGACAAUUUAGUUCAGAAACUUGAGGAUUACUCCACUCGGGUUACUCAGGCAGUUGCAAAUGCUGAGCCGGCCCAGAUUUCACAGAAAGUAAUCACAGAAACCGUCCUUUUCAAAGAGCAAAGAACAGCUAAACAUCCCAAAGAGGAAGAAUUUGCCCCACCUCUACAUCCACCAAAGAAAAGACAAGCCUGCCUUGAUUCUGAAGCAAAGAAAAAGCUUUAUUCUGAAAUUGCUGAGCUGUUGAACUGGAUUUUGAAAUCAAAAGCUGCCAUUCAGGCCAUAGAGAUCAAAGAGUACUGGAAGAUGAGAGAGACUUCAGACAUGAAAGAGAAACUGAAGGCAAUAGAAAAAGAAAGGACUGAAAAAAAGAGAACAUUGAAUGAACUGAACCAGGUUGGAGAAAAUCUGAUGGACCAAAUGAGAAAAGAAGGGCUUCCUACUGAAGAUGUAGCAAAUGCCCUCGAGAAGCUGUUGGCAGAGUGGAAAAGGGCAGCCUGGCACUUGGAGGAAGCUGCAAGAAAAGUGCAAUGCCAGGAUGAAGUAAACAUUUAUUUUAGGGAAAUGGGUGAGCUUGAUAAGACUUUGAGUGAAAAAGAAUUAUGGCUGAAAGAAAACUCUGCUUCUUCAUUGCAACAGCAACCUUUGACAACUCUAAAGGAGUUGUGCCAGAGGGAACACACUCACCUAUUAAGUCUGAGUCCCCGGAUUGAACAGCUGAAAACCCAGGGCAAGGUUCUUGCAUCCCAGCCGGGUGCUCCAGACUUUAUUGAGGAAAACAUAAAGUCUUUGAAUGAUCGCUUCAAGUCUGCUCAACAGAAACUGGAGGGUCUGUCACAGCAAGUGAAGAAAGAAUUGGAAAGCCAGCCUUCCAAGGACUAUUUGGAUGCUUUGAAAAAACUGAAGGGUGAGCUGAAUGAUUUGGAAAGCAAGGCACAAUCUGUCAUGAAUACAGUGAAUGACUUUAGUAAAGUUGAGAGAGCCUUGCAGCAGACAAAGACUAUCUGUGAAACUCUGGAAAAUCACAAAAGUGUGGUUGAUAAACUUGCUGCCGACACACAAGUCUUAGAGAAGCAUAUUUCUUCUGAAAAAUCAAAGCUCUACAAGCAAGAAUUCAAGUGUUUGCAGGGAUACAGGGACAAGUUAAAUACGAAGGUUUCUAAAGAUGUUCACCUACUGGAAGAAAUUAUUUCCAAAUUGAGAAUAUUUGAGACGGAUUCAAAACUGGUUCAAAAGUGGCUGGAUGGUGUAAAAGACUUCUUAAUGAAAGAGCAAGCUAUUCAAAGGGAUCCUGAAGGCCUUCAGAGACAGCUUGAUCAAUGCAUGCUGUUUGUUACUGAAAUGGAGAAGACUGAGUUGUCCUUAAAGGAGAUGAAAGAAAUAGACUCUGCUUUAAGAGGCCAGCCAGUUAAUGCCUGGGUGAAAUCUAAGCUGACAGAUGUCCAGUCACAAUGGGAGAGACUCAGCAAGCAGAUCAUUAGUCAGAAAAAUCAAUUAUCCGAAAGUCAAGAAAAAGCUGUAAACCUCAAAAAGGAUUUGACAGAGAUGCAAGAAUGGAUGACUCAGGCCGAAGAAGAAUAUUUGGAGAGAGAUUUUGAAUACAAGAAUCCAGAUGAGCUGGAAAAUGCUGUGGAUGAAAUGAAGAGAGCAAAAGAGGAUGUGCUACAGAAAGAAGUGCGGGUGAAAAUUCUGAAAGACAACAUUAAGAUGUUAGCUGCUAAACUGCCAUCUGGUGGUCAGGACUUAACAACUGAGCUUAACCUUGUAUUGGAGAAUUACCAGCUACUCUGCAACAGAAUCCGGGGGAAAUGCCACACUUUGGAGGAAGUCUGGUCUUGCUGGAUUGAGCUGCUCCACUAUCUGGAUCUAGAAACAGCCUGGCUGAAUACUUUGGAGGAAAGGAUGAAAAGCACUGAAAACUUGCCAGAUAAAGUGGAUGCUGUCAAUGAAGCCCUUGAGUCAUUGGAAUCUGUCCUUCGCCAUCCAACUGAUAACCGGACUCAAAUUCGGGAACUUGGCCAAACGUUGAUUGAUGGAGGGAUCCUUGAUGAAAUCAUCAGUGAAAAAUUGGAAGCUUUCAACGCCCGCUAUGAAGAAUUAAGCCAUGUGGCAGUGAGCAGACAAAUUUGCUUGGAACAGCAGCUUCAGACAAUGCGGGAAACCGAGCACAUGUUGCAAGUCCUACAAGAAAGCUUGAAGGAUCUGGAUAGGCAGCUAACUUCGUACUUGACCGACAGAAUAGAUGCCUUCCAAAUGCCACAGGAGGCACAGAAAAUCCAAACUGAAAUUGCUGCUCAUGAAUCCACUUUGGAAGAGCUGAGAAAGAAUGUGCGGUCGUUGAUGCCAGCCUCCCCAGAAUGCAGAUCUCCUCGUAGUGGGUCUCAAUUGGAUGCCUUGCAGAGGAAACUGCGGGAGGUAUCCACAAAGUACCAGCUUUUCCAGAAACCAGCGAACUUUGAGCAACGUAUGCUGGAUUGUAAACGGGUUCUGGAUAGUGUAAAGGCUGAUCUCCAUGUCUUGGAUGUGAAGGAUAUUGACCCAGAUGUAAUUCAGUCUCACUUCGAUAAGUGCAUGAAACUCUACAAGACUCUCAGUGAAGUAAAGCUUGAAGUGGAAACAGUAAUCAAAACAGGAAGGCAAAUUGUACAGAAACAACAAACAGAUAACCCUAAGAGCAUGGAUGAACAACUGACAGCAUUGAAAUUUCUAUACAAUGAUCUGGGUGCACAGGUCACUGAAGGGAAGCAAGAUUUGGAGCAGGCAUUGCAGCUGUCAUGUAAGCUCAAGGAAGUCUCUCUUUCCUUGUCGAAAUGGCUAGAGGCUACAGAGGCUGAGUUGGUGCACAAGUCUACCUCAGAGAGUUUGCUUACUGAUCUGGACACUGAAAUCGCAUGGGCUAAAAAUGUGCUGAGAGAACUGGAAAGGAAGAAGGUUGAUCUUAACAGUGUAACAGAGAGUAGCGCUGUACUUCAGACCUUAGUGGAAGGCAGUGAGACGACUUUGGAGGAAAAGCUCUGUGUUCUUAAUGCUGGAUGGAGUAGAGUCCGAACUUGGACGGAAGAUUGGUGCAAUACGCUUUUGAAUCACCAAAGUCAACUGGAGAUUUUUGAUGAGAAUGUCGCCCACAUAAGCACUUGGCUGUACCAAGCUGAAGCCCUGUUGGAUGAGAUUGAGAAAAAGCCAGCCAGCAAGAAAGAAGAGACAGUGAAGCGUCUAACAUCAGAAUUGGAUGAUGUUAGUCUCAGAGUAGAUAAUGUGCGUGACCAAGCUAUUAUCCUGAUGAAUGGCCGUGGUGUGUCAUGCCGUGAGCUGGUAGAGCCCAAGCUGGCUGAACUGAACAGGAACUUUGAGAAGGUAUCGCAGCACAUCAGAAGUGCUAAGAUGCUUUUCAGUCAGGAGGCUCAUAAAGUGUUUGUCAAGCAAGGGACCCAUGGAAUUGCAGUGGAUUCUGCAGACACUGAUACAUUCGAAAGUGAGUUACAGGACAUGCUGAAGGUUGUAGAGAAGCACAUGGAAUCAAAGGAAGAUGAUGAAAAGUUGGACGAAGAGAGGGCUCAAAUUGAGGAUGUUCUACAAAAAGGUGAAAAGAUACUGCAACAACCAAUGGAAGAGAGCAGGCAUGAGAGAAUUCGUUUGCAGCUUCUGCUGCUGCAGACCAGGCAAAGCAGCGCUAAGGAACUUAGGUCAUUACAAAGGAGACAGGUGGUGGAGCUCUCCCCUUCAUUCUCCCAAUAUAAGACAGAACAAGACAGUCAUUUGCACUGGCUCAAUGAGACUGAUGGAAGCCUUUCUGGAACAGAAGAAGCAGAAAAUGAGGGGAGGUUGCAGGCAGUCUUGCAGAAGAUUCAAGGUCCCCUCUCAUCAACAAUGAGGGCAUCUCCAUUCCCUGCAGAAUACCUGGUUGAAAUUAACAAGAUUUUGCUGGCUAUAGCUGAUGCUGAACUCUUGCUGAAUGCUCCGGAACUUCAUUCUAGUGUCUACGAAGGUUUUUCUACUCAGGAAGAUUCAUUAAAGAACAUAAAAGACAUGUUGGACAAACUUGGGGAUCAGAUUGCAGUCAUUCAUGAAAAACAUCCAGAUGUUAUAUUGGAAGCAUCUGGAUCUGAGGCUGUUCAAAUAGCAGAUUCUCUAAUCCAACUGAAUGCAGAAUGGGACAGAAUUAACAGGAUGUACAGUGAUCGUAAAUGUUGCUUUGAUAAGUCUGUGGAAGAGUGGAGACAGUUCCAUUGUGAACUCAACGAUCUCUCCCAGUGGUUAGCAGAAGCGGAAGGGUUGCUUGCCGAGGCCCAAACUCAAGAUGGCGGCCUGGACUUAGAAAUGGCAAAGAUACACCAGCAGGAACUUGAAGAGGGAGUCAGCAGCCAUCAGACCAGCUUUUCGACAUUGAACAGAACAGGAGAAGGAAUUGUACAGAAGCUCUCUACUACAGAUGGAAGCUUCCUGAAGGAGAAACUAGCAGGGUUAAAUAAUCGCUGGAAAGCCAUCACUGCUGAAGUUAUGGAAAGACAACAGAGUUUGCGCCUUAGACUGAAAGGAGAGAAUCAACCAUUACUAGACUUCACAAGAAACCUAGAUGAAUUUAGUUGCUGGCUGGAAAACAUAGAAAAUGCACAGGGAGAGAAGCCUACAAUCAGCCAUGAAGAAAAUCUGAAGGAAUUAAUGGGCUUGAUCGAGGAGAUGGACAUGCAAGGAGAAAAACUUAAGUGGCUAAACAAGAAUGAACCUGAGCUGAUUUCAAAUAAAAGUAUUGGGCCGAGAGAGAGAGAGAACAUUUCUGAUAGACUGAGGACCCUGAAUAUUAAGUGGAAGAAGGUGUUCAGAGAAGCACCCAACAGAGCGAGAGAACUGGAGGCCCAUGUUCAUCAACUUCAUCUGGUGCCACAGACAAUGCCACCUGGUUACCCUGUUCUCCAAAAGAUGGUGCUAGUGUCCUCUGCCUCUGAAAAUGUUGCUCAAACUCAGCAGGCUUUGGAAAUUUCUGCACCUGCUGAUCUGGAUAAAACUACAACAGAACUGGCUGACUGGUUGGCACUGAUUGACCAGAUGCUCAAGUCCAACAUAGUUACUGUGGGAAAUGCUGAAGAAAUCAAUCGGACAAUCGCACGCAUGAAAAUAACAAAAGAAGACUUAGAACAUCGGCAUCCCCGGCUGGAUUUUGUUUUUACCUUGGCUCAGAAUCUGAAAAACAAAACAUCAAGUUCUGACGUUAGGACAGCAAUCACAGAGAAACUGGAGAAAGUUAAGAACCAAUGGGAUAGUACACAACAUGGGGUAGAAGUACGUCAGCAGCAGUUAAAACGUAUGCUUUCUGACAGCAUGAAGUGGGAUGACCAGAAGCAAGAAAUGGAAAAGCUAAUUGGACAAUAUGAGAUCCACCUGCAUGCCCUUCUGCAGUCUCCUAAAGAGAAGCUCACCAAGCAGAUUUCUGAAAACAAAAUGUUACUACAGGAUCUAGAUAAAGGGGAUACCAAGAUGAGUCAAUUCAAUGAUCUAUCAAACAAACUUCUUCAAGACUACAGUGGUGAUGACACAAGAAAAGUGAAGGAAAUAAUGGAUCACUUGAAUACCUCAUGGAUCAACUUGAAACAAAGAACAUCUAAUAGGCAGAAUGCUUUGGAGGCUGAGCUGAAGGCGGUGCAUGCCUUGCUCAAAGACCUUGAAAGUUUCCUCAAGUGGAUACAAGAAGCAGAAGCUACAGUUAACGUGCUUGCAGACGCAUCACAACGAGAACGCGCUGCUCAGGACAGUGCUUCUGGAAGAGAACUGAAAAAGCAGAUAGAGGACAUCCAGGCUGAAAUUGAUGCCCACAAUGACAUCUUCAAAAGCAUUGAUGGAAACAGGCAGAAGAUGGUAAAAGCCUUGGGAAACACUGAUGAGGCUGCGCUGCUCCAGCACCGCAUUGAUGACAUGAACCAGCGCUGGAAUGACCUGAAAGCAAAGUCUGCUAGUAUCAGGGCUCACUUAGAGGCAAGUGCAGAGAAGUGGAAUAAGUUGCUGUCAUCACUGGAAGAGUUUAUCAAAUGGCUGAACCUGAAAGAUGAAGAGAUAAAGAAGCAGAUGCCUAUUGGUGGGGAUGUUCCAGCAUUACAGUUACAGCAUGACCACUGCAAAGCACUAAGGCGUGAGUUGAAGGAUAAAGAGCAAGCCAUUUUGAAUGCUGUAGACCAAGCACGAGUGUUCCUUGCUGAUCAACCAAUCGAAGGCCCCGAAGAACCAAGAAAAAACGUGCAUUCAAAGUCAGAGCUGACCCCUGAAGAGAAAGCACAGAAGAUUGCCAAAGCUAUGCGUAAGCAGUCUGUGGAAGUGAAAGAGAAGUGGGAAAGCCUAAAUACCUGUGCCAGCAGUUGGCAGAAGCAAGUAGACAAAGCGCUGGAGAAACUGAAGGACUUGCAGUGUUCUAUGGAUGACCUAGAUGUUGACUUGAGAGAGGCAGAAAAUGUGCUAAAUGGUUGGAAACCCGCUGGAGAUAUACUGAUGGAUUCAUUACAGGAUCACAUUGAUAAAACAACAGCCUUUAGAGAAGAAAUUGCACCAAUCAACUUGAAAGUUAAAGCAGUUAAUGAUUUAUCCAGUCAAUUCUCUCCACUUGACCUUCAUCCAUCCUUAAAGAUAUCGCGACAGCUGGAUGAUCUCAAUAUGCGCUGGAAACUUUUACAGAUAUCUGUAGAGGAUCGCCUUAAACUGCUACAGGAAGCACACUGGAACUGUGGACCCACAUCUCAAAAUUUUCUGUCCACCUCUGUUCAGCUACCAUGGCAGAGAUCAGUUUCACAUAACAAAGUUCCAUACUACAUCAAUCAUCAGACACAGACAACCUGCUGGGAUCACCCUAAAAUGACCGAGCUGUUCCAGUCAUUAGCUGAUUUGAACAACGUGCGCUUUUCUGCUUACCGCACAGCCAUUAAAAUCCGGAGGCUACAGAAGGCAUUGUGCUUGGACUUGUUGGACUUAAAUACAACAAAUGAAGCUUUCAAGCAGCACAAGCUGACUCAAAACGACCAGCUCCUUGGUGUUCAGGAUGUAGUCAGCUGCCUCACUACGAUUUACAGCGGAAUGGAAGAGAAGCACAAGGAGUUGGUGAACGUUCCAGUGUGUGUAGAUAUGUGUCUCAACUGGCUGUUGAAUGUUUAUGACACUGGUCGAACUGGAAAAAUCAGAGUGCAGUCCCUGAAGAUUGGCUUGAUGUCUCUUUCUAAGGGCCUUCUUGAGGAGAAGUAUAGAUAUCUUUUUAAGGAAGUGGCAGGGCCUACAGAAAUGUGUGAUCAGAGGCAACUUGGGUUAUUGCUUCAUGAUGCCAUCCAAAUUCCACGACAACUUGGUGAAGUAGCUGCUUUCGGAGGCAGUAAUAUAGAACCCAGCGUCCGCAGCUGUUUUCAGCAGAAUAACAACAAGCCAGAAAUUGGUGUAAAGCAGUUCAUAGACUGGAUGCAUCUCGAGCCACAGUCCAUGGUGUGGCUGCCUGUUCUACACCGAGUGGCAGCUUCAGAAACAGCGAAGCAUCAGGCGAAGUGCAAUAUCUGCAAGGAAUGCCCAAUUGUUGGCUUUAGAUAUCGGAGCCUGAAACAUUUCAACUACGAUGUCUGUCAGAGUUGUUUCUUUUCUGGUCGUACAGCAAAGGGUCAUAAAUUGCAUUACCCGAUGGUGGAGUACUGCAUACCAACAACAUCGGGGGAAGAUGUACGAGAUUUCACCAAAGUGCUAAAGAACAAGUUCCGGUCAAAGAAAUAUUUUGCUAAACACCCACGGCUUGGCUACCUACCAGUGCAAACUGUUCUAGAAGGUGACAAUUUGGAGACUCCUAUUACACUCAUCAGUAUGUGGCCAGAGCAAUAUGAUCCCUCCCAGUCUCCCCAGCUAUUUCAUGACGACACACACUCCAGGAUAGAGCAGUAUGCCAAUAGACUGGCCCAGAUGGAACGGACCAAUGGUUCUUUGUUCACAGAUGGUAGCUCCACCACAGGAAGUGUGGAAGAUGAGCAUGCCCUUAUCCAGCAGUAUUGCCAGACUCUGGGAGGGGAGUCACCUGUGAGUCAGCCACAGAGCCCAGCACAGAUCUUGAAAUCGGUGGAAAAGGAAGAACGAGGAGAGCUUGAGCGCAUCAUUGCUGACCUUGAAGAGGAACAAAGGAUGCUGCAAAUCGAAUAUGAGCAACUAAAGGAACAGCAUCUUCGGAGAGGAAUUAAUGCACCUAGCUCACCGCCAGACUCGGCUGUUUCACCACAGCACACGUCUGAAGAUGCUGAACUCAUUGCAGAGGCCAAACUUUUAAGGCAACACAAAGGCCGACUGGAGGCAAGAAUGCAGAUUUUGGAAGAUCACAACAAGCAGCUGGAAUCUCAACUUCACAGACUACGGCAGUUGCUUGAGCAGCCCGAAACAGAUUCCAGAGUUAAUGGAGGCUCUUCCUGCACUUCACCUCAGCAUUCUGGCCUCAGCUAUUCACCUGAUGAGGAGGCCACUUCACAGUUUAAUCCGACAGGUGUAGAUGACUUGUUAGUCCCACCUCAUGACACUAGCACAGAUCUAACAGAAGUCAUGGAACAAAUCAACAGCACAUUUCCAGCUUGCCGCACAAAUCUUGCCGGCAGACCGCAGGCAAUGUGAAGUUUUCUGUUUUGAAGACUGCCUACUCUUCCUGACAUUAAAUGCAACUCCUUUUCUACAAAUGCCAAUAUCAAGUUCCAAUAAUCAUACGGCUGCAUGGGACCUUGUAACAUACUGUUAGCUUUGUGUGUUCUUACUUCAAAUAGGAAAACACUUGAACUACCCAAAGAUGAGGAUGUUGUGGUUUUAUAUAAUAUUGUGUGUGUUUCCCCCCUCCUCUUUCCCUUUCUAUGCAACUGUAAAUUAACAAACCGUGGAGUAUUUCAAAAUGGUUACACAAAUGUCACUGAUUUAUAUAAUAUACAACAUCAGGAAAGGGGGUGGGGGGUUUAUAUCCAUUCUCUUUUGAUAUUGCUAAAGUGAACUGCAUACUGAGUUUGGAGCAAAGAGUUACAUUUUUACAUUCCUUUGGGCUUGUUGCAUUUACUGUUCCAAGUAACUUCUCUUCCAACACAUACCAUUCUGCACAGGUUAUUUAUACUUAGCCUAAUAGUUUCAAAACAUGGACAAAAUAUCAGCUUUUAUAACCCUCACAGCCCCUAGUAUUUGACAAAUAGCAUUUCUGGCUGCCUAUGAGCACAUGAGACUCUAUUUUGCCCCAGCUAACCUCAUUCAACUGCAGUAGCUGUUGGCACUAGAAUGGCAUUUUAAUGGAUUCUUUGUCCCAACUGAAUGCAGACUGAUCUUUUCCAUCCAGGCUUUGUUUUUACUUUAAAAUGUGAGCUAAGCUGCAUUUUGACUUAAUAAAAUCAUUCUGAAUAUACAUUAUUUCUAUUAUGGGGGGGGGCAAGGACAUUAUGGUCUAAAUGUGCCAAAUUUUGUGAAGUCCUAUUGUGUAAAUCACCCAGUGCAAUGGCUCAGAUCGACUUGAAAUUAUUUUAUUCUCCUUUUUGGUAGUGUUAAUAAAUGAAGGAGCUCUGACUAGCUUAAUGGUAAAGUGUUCUGCCUUUAUAUCAGAAAGGUUGUCUGCCCUGGAUAACUUCAAUCAGUAUCAACUUGUGCACAUUUUCAAUGGCUCCCUUAACAUCAUGUUAAAGGCAGAGAAAACUCUGGGGAAGUUCAGCCAUACUUCAAGUAAGUAGCUGUGCACUUUCCUUCACUGGUGCAUUUUCGGAUUUGCAUGGGUAUCUGCUUUCAUUACCAAAAAUAAAAACCAUUUGCUCAGUAAGAUGUGCAACGAACAUCUCUGGAGCAUCCAAAUAGCGCUGGAGAAAUUCAACUCUGAUUUUUUGGGGAUGGAGAAAAGCAGGGAGGAAUUCUGCAUUGCGUAAAAGUGAUCAUUCAGUGAGGGCAAGUGUUUUGGUUUGCCAGACAGAACGAUCCCCACAACUCCUACCCCCAUGCACUGUUCUGGGGGGUCCUGCUGAUCCCCCUGCAAGCCAAUUUCCCAAGAGGAGCUGAAGGCCUUGCACUGAUGGGACUCAGUUGAAUCAUGCCUCUAAUGUUUGCUUGCCUUCUGCAAGGGGACGCAUAACAGAAUAAUGACUCCAUAAUGAUCCCAUAGUAGGAGCAGUAAUACUCCUGGCAUGGUGUUUACUUCUCCUAAUAAAAUGUCACUGUAACCACUCACUUCUCCCGUCUCUUAAGCAGUGCUGUUAAUACUAACAGCUAUGCUCAGAGGUAUUAUGAGGCUAAAAUUAGGUAAUAUAUGUUACGUACUCUGACUCAAAGUGCUAUCUAAAUGAAAAGUAUUUUUUUUAGCGGGGGGGGGGGGGGGGAUGUUGCCAAAAGCAAGAAACAGAAAAGCAGGUUAAUAUGUGGAUUUUUCAUCUAGAAAGAAAUAUAUUUUGGUAUAGAUAUUUUGAGAAGGAAAAAUGUUUUGCAGAAAAGGAAAGCCAUGACCACCUUUCUACCUCAAAUCCAUUUUUUUUUUUUUUUAGUAUUUACUUUUGGAAACCACUCGAUGUUCUGGUUUUUGCAAGGUAUUUUAUUUUACCAGGUCACAUCAAAGCAAAAGCAGCAACAAAAAAUUAGCCCCCUUUUAAAACAUUUUAGCUAAAAAAAUCCCAGUAAUGGAUAUGAUGGGCUUUUUGUUAUGACUGAAAGGUUAUGUAUGAAUUGUUUUUCUGCCUGUGUUUGUAUGUAAAUUCUGUCCUCUGCUGUCAAGUAAAAGCUACUUAAAACCUUACAUUGUAAUAUUCUUCCUCCGAGAUACUGAUAAAUAAAAGGAAUACAUUGCAGUAACAUCUCAAAACAAAGUAUGUAGUUCUUUUGAAUUUUGUGGUAUUAAACUAUCACACUUCCCUUUUCUAAUCUGGUUACAUGGUAUGACUUUCACUCUGAAUAAAAUUAAUUUUUAAGUGAA